GGCAUCACAUUGAGAACUUGGACCUCUUCUUCUCUCGCGUCUAUAACCUGCAUCAGAAGAAUGGCUUCACCUGCAUGCUCAUUGGAGAGAUCUUUGAGCUCAUGCAGUUCAUCUUUGUGGUGGCAUUCACCACCUUUCUUAUCAGCUGUGUUGAUUAUGACAUCCUCUUUGCCAACAAAGCCGUAAAUCACAGCCAGCAUCCCAGUGAGCCCAUUAAGGUGACCCUGCCAGAUGCCUUCCUGCCUCCAAAUGUCUGCAGUGCAAGAAUCCAGGCAAACAGCUUCCUCAUCUGCAUCCUGGUGAUAGCUGGGGUUUUCUGGAUCCACCGACUCGUCAAAUUUAUCUACAACAUUUGCUGUUACUGGGAGAUUCACUCUUUCUACAUCAAUGCCCUCAAAAUCCCCAUGUCCACCCUACCGUACUACACCUGGCAGGAGGUGCAGGCCCGCAUCGUGCAGAUCCAGAAGGAGCACCAGAUCUGCAUCCACAAGAAGGAGCUGACAGAGCUGGACAUCUACCACCGCAUCCUCCGCUUCAAGAACUACAUGGUGGCCAUGGUGAACAAGUCGCUGCUGCCCAUCCGCUUCCGCCUGCCCCUGCUGGGAGACACUGUCUUCUACACGCGUGGGCUCAAGUACAACUUUGAGCUCAUCUUCUUCUGGGGGCCUGGCUCCCUCUUUGAGAACGAGUGGAGCCUGAAGGCCGAGUAUAAGCGGGCUGGGAACCGCCUUGAGCUGGCUGAGAAGCUCAGCACUCGCAUCCUCUGGAUUGGCAUUGCUAACUUCCUCCUCUGCCCCCUCAUCCUCAUCUGGCAGAUCCUCUACGCCUUCUUCAGCUACACAGAGAUCCUGAAGCGGGAACCAGGCAGUCUGGGUGCCCGCUGCUGGUCUCUCUACGGCCGCUGUUACCUCCGUCACUUCAACGAGCUGGACCAUGAACUGCACUCACGCCUCAGCAAGGGGUACAAGCCAGCUUCCAAGUACAUGAACUGCUUUAUCUCUCCACUCCUCACCAUCGUGGCCAAGAACGUGGCCUUCUUUGCUGGCUCCAUCCUGGCUGUGCUCAUCGCUCUCACCAUCUAUGAUGAGGACGUGCUGGCAGUUGAGCACGUCCUUACCACAGUCACCCUGCUUGGGGUGGGCAUCACGGUGUGCAGGUCUUUCAUCCCCGACCAGCACCUGGUGUUUUGCCCAGAGCAGCUGCUGCGAGUCAUCCUGGCGCACAUCCAUUACAUGCCUGACCACUGGCAGGGCAAUGCCCACCGCUACGAGACCAGGGAUGAGUUUGCCCAGCUCUUCCAGUACAAAGCGGUCUUCAUCCUGGAGGAGCUCCUGAGUCCCAUCAUUACCCCCCUGAUCCUCAUUGUCUGCCUGCGUCCCAAGUCCUUGGACAUCGUUGACUUCUUCCGCAACUUCACCGUGGAGGUGGUGGGUGUGGGCGACACCUGCUCCUUUGCCCAGAUGGACGUGCGCCAGCAUGGCCACCCAGCGGUAGGUCCCGUGAGUGGCAGGAGAGCAGCCUGGGCUCCCCACCAGCAUUUCCUGAAGGAGCGGGUGCACCGGGACAGCAGCAUGGCGCUAGCUCAGCAGGCUGUGCUCCCCGAAAAUGCCCUCUUCAGCUCCAUCCAGUCCCUGCAGUCGGAGUCGGAGCCUCACAGCCUGAUUGCCAAUGUGAUAGCGGGCUCAUCGGCACUGGGCUUCCACAUGGGCCGGGAUGGACAGGCCUCCCGCCAUCUCUCCGAAGUGGCCUCGGCCCUCCGUUCCUUCUCCCCACUCCAGUCUGCCCAGCAGCCUCCCAGCGGCUUCCAGACGGCAGGAAGGGAUGGAGAGGGAGCCCAGCCUCGCGGUGCCAGUGCGAUGACAGCCUCUGGUGCCGAUGCGAGGACUGUGAGCUCGGGGAGCAGCGCCUGGGAGGGUCAGUUGCAGAGCAUGAUCCUGUCGGAGUACGCCUCCACCGAGAUGAGUCUCCACGCGCUCUACAUGCACGAGUUGCACAAGCAGCACGCCCAGCUGGAGCCCGAGAGGCACACUUGGCACCGGCGAGAGAGCGAUGAGAGUGGGGAGAGCACCCACGAGGAGCUGGACGCUCAGCGGGGUGCCUCCGUCCCCAUCCCUCGCUCUGCCAGCUACCCCUUCUCCUCGCCACGGCAGCCUGCUGAGGAGACAGCCACGCUGCAGACCGGCUUCCAGCGGCGGUAUGGUGGCAUCACAGACCCAGGCACAGUACACAGAGCCCCAUCACACUUCUCUCGCCUUCCUCUGGGAGGCUGGGCUGAGGACGGGCAGUCAGCGAGACACCCAGAGCCUGUGCCAGAGGAGAGCUCAGAGGACGAGCUUCCACCACAGAUCCACAAGGUGCCACAUUCCCUCUCUGUCUUGCAGGUAUAGCCUUGUAGACUGGGGAUCUCAUGGGGGUUGCAGACUGGGAGCCGCCUGGGCAGCAGGAUGUGGCGUCAGCCUGAUUCUUCUCCUGUCCUGAGCGGUCAGGAUAGUCCCGGGCUCCGUUUUGUCACCAUCAGUUGCCGAAGAGACAAAACUGCCAGGCCGGCGGCUUUGCGGUGGCACCUUGUGUCCAGCCGUGUGUCAAGUCAACGCCACUCUGACUCUUGUGGGGUGAAUGCGUGUGUGAGUACAUACAUGUGUCUGUGUUCACAUCUGUGUUGUCCGUGUCAGAGGAUUGCUGCAGAGCCUGUGAAAGCUGACAUGACUG